AUGGAGAUGUCAGGAUUCACGCCCGAGCAAUUAGACGUUCGGGAAGCUGUCUCGAAGAUAUGCGCCAAUUACCCCGAUGAAUACUGGGCCGAACGUGACGAGACUGGAGAGUAUCCCCACGAACUUCACAGAGACCUCGCAAAAGACGGCUGGAUAGGCAUCGCCUUGCCUGAGGAACUCGGCGGCGCCGGCCUGGGCAUAUCAGAAGCCACGAUGAUGCUCCAUACAAUUGCAGAGAGCGGUGCUGGCAUAGCCGGCGCUCAAUCGAUUCACGCAAACGUCUACGCAACACAACCCGUAGCCAAAUUCGCGACCCCAGAGCAAAGAAAGCGUAUGCUCCCGAAACUGAUAGCCGGAGAAGAUCGAACGUGCUUUGGAGUAACUGAACCAAACACCGGCCUCGAAACCCUCAAGCUCCGAACAACAGCAAAGAAAGACGGCGACAGCUACCUCAUCAGCGGGCAAAAAAUAUGGAUCUCCUCCGCACAAGUCGCCACGAAAAUGGUCCUCCUCGCCCGCACCACCCCCCUCUCAUCCGUCACAAAACCCUCAGAAUCCCUCUCCCUCUUCUUCAUCGACCUCGACAAAUCCGCUCCCGGGCUCGAACUCAAAAAGAUCAAAAAGAUGGGCGGCCGCGCCAUCGACGCCAACGAAGUCUUCUUCGACAACUACCGCAUCCCCGCAGACACCCUCAUCGGAAACGAGGGCCAGGGCUUCAAAAUCGUCCUCCACGGCAUGAACGCCGAACGCUGCCUCCUCGCCGGCGAAGCCCUGGGAAUCGGCUACGCCGCCCUCUCCCGCGCCGCCACCUACGCCUCCUCCCGCGUCGUCUUCGGCCGCCCGAUCGGCCAGAACCAAGGUAUCCAGCACCCGCUGGCGUCCGCGUACAUGCACCUCGAGGCGGCGAAGCUGGCGACGUACCACGCGGCGAGGCUGUACGACGAGAGCGGGAAGAAGGGGGGUGGGGGGGUGUCGCAGCAUGCGGUGGGCGUGGCGUGUAAUUCGGCGAAGUAUCUGGCGGCUGAGGCGGCGUUUACGGCUUGUGAGAGAGCGGUACUAACGCACGGCGGGAUGGGGUACGCGCAGGAGUACCACGUCGAGAGGUAUCUGAGGGAGGUGUUUGUGCCGCGGAUUGCGCCUGUGAGCAGGGAAAUGAUAAUGAACUACAUAGCCGAGAAGGCUCUCGGGCUACCGAGGAGUUAUUAG